GCACACUCCCUGCCUCUCUCUCUCUCUCUCGCUCUCCCCCACUGUCUCGCAGAUUCGCAUGGCAUCCGAGACGAGGCGAAGAGGAUGAAGGGUGAAGCCAGGAAGGGUUUUCCGGCGAAGAUUCCGGCUUCAGUCUCCGCGCGAACGGGGAACCCGCCGUCUGGCCCGGCAGAGAGUCGGAAGCCCCAUUGCCGGAGGAGGCGCAGCGCCAGCAGGAUCCGGCUCAAGCGGGACGUCGGCGCCGGGGCUGGCGGAUCGGCCUGUGCCACCGGGCGGCGGUCCGGGGGCCCGGCGACGCCGCUGCUAACGUGGAAGUUCGACGUCGACGACGAGGGGAGAGGCGGGGGAAAGAAGAAGAAGAAGGCGAAGGCGCCGGAACGGAGCGGGAAGGACAAUGGAGAUGGCCGGUGGAAGGGGACGGAAGAGAAGCCUGCCAGGGUCAUCUCUGCUAGGAUGCUCGCCGCCGGGUUGUGGCGGCUGCAGCCCGUGGAGGUGUCGACCUCUGGCGGCCACGGUGCUCGUCGGGCCAUCCAUCGUCCGACGGGUUCCGAGGCUAUUGCUGGAUAUCUGGGGAAUGCCUUUCUCCAUGAAUCAGAUGCAAUAAAAUGUGCAUUAGAUGCUAGAGAUCGUCAUCCACAGGGUCCAGUUUCCGUCCCACAUAGGGCGAGCAAUUUCUUUCGGAAGCUUGAAUCAUCUACUUCAUUCCCCAAUCCUGCUAUGGAAAGGGCAACAAAAUGGGACGCCGCAUGCCCAAAAACGUCGGAUGAAAUCUACAGGUGCUAUAGCCAAUUGAAAUUUCUCGGAGAACAACACGAGCAAACUUCCUCCGUUGUUGCAAUUCUACAAUCAGAGCUUGAGCUGGCUAGAAGGCGCAUUCACGAGCUCGAGGUUGAGCGCAGAUCCUCAAAAAAGAAGCUUGAUCAUUUCUUGAAGAAGCUUGCAGAGGAAAAGGCAGCAUGGAGGAGCAGAGAGCAUGAGAAAAUACGGUUGGUGAUUGAUGGGGUGAAGGAGGACCUACAUCGAGAAAGGAAACACAGGCAGCGGCUGGAGAUUAUGAAUACGAAGUUGGUGAAUGAACUUGCUGAGGCCAAGUUAACUGCAAGGAGGUGCUUGCAAGAUUAUGAAAAGGAAAGGAAGGCUAGGGAGCUCAUAGAAGAGGUGUGUGAUGAGCUUGCUAAAGAGAUUGGAGAGGAUAAGGCCGAAGUGGAAGUGCUGAAGAGAGAAACGAUGAGAAUGAGGGAAGAGGUUGAAGAGGAGAGGAAAAUGCUGCAGAUGGCUGAAGUAUGGCGGGAGGAAAGGGUCCAAAUGAAAUUGGUGGACGCAAAACUGACACUUGAAGAUAAAUACACCCAGUUGGCCAAGAUCCAGGCGGAUCUUGAAGCAUUUCUAAUUUCUAGAACCUCUGUAGAUCCUCUUGAUUUGAAAAAGGCAGAGCUUCUCAAGGAUGCAGCAAGAUCAGUAAAUAUUCAAGACAUAAAAGAAUUCUGUUAUCAGCCUCCUACAUCGGAGGAUAUUUUCUCUGCCUUCGAGGACCACCACUCUGGUGAACAAAAUGAAAAGGAGAUAGAACCGUGCUAUGGUUUUGAACCUGAUGUGGGAUGCUACAGCCCUUCAAGUAAAUCCAAGAUUCACACUGUCAGCCCUGAGAUCGAUGGUCUAAUUGAAGGUGGUCUGCAGAGGUUCGAUCAGAAUGGUGGGAUAUUGGAGGAAGAUGGAAGUGUUUGGGACUCAGGCAGUCAAGGGGAGGAGCAGGGUUCUAGUAAUUCACCUGAUGGAAGUGAUCCAUCUGUCAAUGGGCACAACGAGGAGAGUAACAUCUCAGGGAGUGGAACGGAGUGGGAAGAGAAUGCUGAUAAUAUUUGUUUGACGCAAGAGGUUGAUAUACCUUGUUCGGCACCAGAAAAGCAAUCAAAAAAGAAACCUUCAUCAGUGUCUAGGCUCUGGAGAUCAUUCCCCAGCAAUGGGGAUCCUUUUAAGACUGUUCCAGAUGAAGACGCGAAAGGGAGGAUCUCUAACAAGGUUGCAUCUCCAGAUAGAGCAUCUGGUGACGGAGCUCUUACACCUCGGAGUAUAGGUCACUGGAGCUCACCUGAUACUGCGAACCCUCAUAUAACUCGAGGCAUGAAAGGUUGCAUUGAAUGGCCAAGGGGCAUCCAGAAGAGCUGCUUAAAAGCGAAACUGUUGGAGGCUAGAAUGGAGUGCCAGAAAAUUCAGCUCCGCCAGGCCCUUAAGCAAAAGAUCUGAGCGACAGUCCAUCUCUAGAAAUGUCAUACAGAAUGCCUGUGACACGAGAAAUUUUGAUUCUCCCCACAGUUCUUCAUACAUAUGAAUGCAUAUAUCGUUUCUCUUGUCGUUAUAAUGCUGUUCUCGCUCACUGGAGGCAUAUCAUUUCUAGUGGUCAUGAAAUGUUAUAUCUUUUGGCUAGCCGGAUUCGCUUUUCAUUUCAUUUGUAAAAACAAGUCAGACUGCCAACCAGGUGUCUGAUUAAAGCUCUGUACAACCGUCGUUUUGGGGUCUCACCCCAAUCUUCUUUUCUUGUACUACAGUAAAUUAUUUUUGCAGCAGGUAAAAUAUUUUUAUCAGUUACAUUAAAUUCUCUUGAUUGGUCA